UUCUACUAGUAGUGUAUGGUUUCUAUUGGAAUCCUCAGAAACUACUGUACUUUGAAUUUUCUACGUAGAGAACAAUGCAACGAGCUAUCGCUACGUUUUCUCGGAGUAUGGCUUCGCUGAGGUAUAAAAGAAUCGUAAAACAUUAUGGAACACUUUCUAAGAUCAAUAUUUUAUCAUUACAGCCAAGUGAGAAUGGUUGGUGAACGUGGAUCAGGUGCUGGCCACGGCGGAGGCGGUGGUGGUGCUAUUCGAGAGGCUGGAGGUGCUUUUGGAAAAAUGGAAGCUGCCCAUGAAGAUCAAUAUUUUUACAAUCAAGAUAAAGCAAAGCUUCAGAAACUAAAAAUGGAUCUCCACGAUGAGAUCUCUUUCCAUGAAGAACAAAUCAAGCGCCAUCAAGAAGCUAUAAACCGUCACAAACUAAGAAUUUCAGACAUGGACAAACACUAAUACUAUUUCCCUGCUGUAAAAUUCCUACUUUUCUAAGUAGGAAGUUGUUCUUUUUAAUAAUGAAGCUAUUAAAUACUAUGGAUAGUAA